AUGUCAGAUAUUCUUUACAACAAAGCGUUAAUAAAUAAUCGAAGUCCAUAUUUGUCCAUCGUCAACAAACCUCUUCAGGAAUUAGGACUCCUUUCACCACCAAGAGACGACAUUGACAUAGUGGAUACUGAUGUUGUACGCGAGACCAACUACAAUCGAGAUGAACUACAUAGAUUUGUAGAGACUAACGUACCUCUUUUGGUAGGACAGCAAAGAAGAACGUCAUAUAACAUAAUUAUGGAUCGAAUUUCAACUCAAAAGGGAGGUAUAUUCUUUCUCGAUGCUCCAGGGGGAACAGGAAAAAAAACGUUCCUCAUUAACCUCAUACUUGCAAAAGUGCGAAAGAAUGGCGAUAUCGCACUUGCUGUUGCGUCCUCUGGAAUAGCCGCAACUCUUUUGGCAGGAGGAAGAACUGCGCAUUCAGCGCUACAAUUACCGUUGGAUUUUUGUGCAACUGAUACGCCAAUUUGCAACAUCAAGAAAAAUUCUGGACAAGCCACUGUUCUAAAAACAUGCAAGGUUAUCAUUUGGGACGAAUGCACGAUGGCAAACAAAAAAGCUCUUGAGGCUUUGGAUAGGACUCUGCAAGAUCUGAGGGGUCAAGAAGCAACAAUGGGAGGAGCACUCUUGCUACUAGCUGGAGACUUUCGUCAAACUCUUCCUGUUAUUCCAAGAGGAACUCCAGCAGAUGAACUUAAUGCGUGUCUCAAGUUAUCAUAUUUAUGGAGGCGAGUUCAGAUAUUGACGCUCACAACAAACAUGCGUGUUCGCCUGCAAAGUGAUGCGGCCUCACAAGAAUUUUCGGAACGGCUUUUGCAAAUUGGAAAUGGAACCUUCAUGAAUUCGCCAGGCAAUUACUCCAUAACAUUUCCAGAGGACUUCUGCAAUUUGGCUGAAUCAAUCAAUGUUGUUAACAGUGUUUUUCAAGACAUUGCCACUAAUUACAAAAAUCACGGAUGGCUUAGAGAAAGAGCGAUUCUAGCACCACGAAACGAUCAAGUAACUAAUCUAAACAUAUCUAUUCAAGACAAGCUACCGGGAGCUGUGACGACGUACAAGUCCAUCGACACCGUCAUUGAUCCAGAACAAGCUGUACACUACCCUGUGGAGUUUUUAAACUCACUUGAACCAUCAGGAAUGCCGUCACAUCAAUUACUCUUGAAA